GCGCAAUUGAUGUAAACAAACGAGUAAAAAAAUGUGAAAUGUACCCGAGAAGGUUGCUUCAAAAUCCCUCCCUAUCAUCCCCUAUCUAACGCUACACGAUGAACAGGAAUGUAAGGUAGAUAUCAUGGAGCAUUUCUCACCUUCUAAGUUACAUCGAUCAGAAGUCAGAGUUUCCAGCCGAAAUGGACUACAGACACGAUCUGGCAGACUUCUCCAAAAUGUAUCCAGGCGACAGCGCUCAAAAACCACCGACACCUUGCCUUUCUCUGCCUGUCCAAGUACUGUCACAUGGUCUAUGCAAAACCCAGUACUUAACAAUACACAGUCAGUCUUUUCAUCAUCAUCCAAUAAAUCCCCUGUUGGCAUUACCCAUUUUAAUUCUGUUCCCAGUAUGAAUUUCAGUGCAGAGCGGAUGAGGGUUGAGAAUGGAGCCUUUGGCUCAACAUCUGUGGCAUUUGGAAGUAAUGCAUUUGGUACGCAGAACUUAAGCCAUAGGGACUUGGACACAGAAGAAGCCAUGGAGGUUGAUUGUCAGGAUGAAAUGGACACUCAUAUAUCUCAUGGACAGACAGACAAUCAUGCGCCCCAUGGACACACAGGCGCUCAUGUAUCACAUGGACGCACAAACAAUCAUACAUCACAUGGACACAUGAACACACAAACAGAAACCAGCACAUCCCGCCAACCUACAGCAGCUCCUAUCAGAUCUGCUAGACUGGUAAUAGAUAGACCGCCAAUCACUGCUAAUAACACCCCUGAUUCGAUGGAUAAUAGCAAUCAACCAAGUGUUCAUCCAAAGCUUCCUAUAUCAGAGAGUUCAAAAGAAAAGAGCACUCCUCCAAAUACACCACAAACUUCCAGCAAAGCACUAGAGAAACCCUCAAGCACAAGCUCAUCUAAACCUCCCCAGACAGUCACCCCUGAUAUGAUUCAAAGUCCUAAGAAAUCCACUGGGAAGAAGAAGGCAAUUUAUAUCGUGCUUCAUGUGGGGAAGGUCGUUAUUGGAGGCAUCAAAGCUAAAGCUGUAGCACCUGUUAAGAUUUAUGCUGAGAAGAUUUUCUUGGAACUUGAAUUUAAAGAGGGAGACAAAUCUUCAGUUUUAAGGAUUCCACUUAAAGAUUUUACCGAGUGUUUGGUCACAUUUCAGUCACCGAAUCCUGUUCUAGUGUUCACAUUUUGCAAGUGUGGAGCUAAGGAGAUAACAAACAAACUGAAAGACAAGGGAGUUAUACUGGACCAUAAAAACGAAGAACCUAAGAAACGUCGCAUCAUUCUCAACAUUAAUUGCAACUACCUUCCACGAGAUGUGAAGACAGACCUCAUAGAACUGUUCCAGAGAAGAAUGUCUGACAAACUCUCCUGGCGUGAGAUGAGCUCUAGUGAGCUGAAGGAGGAGCUAAAAGUGGAGCCGGCAGUGGCGCCACUCGGAAGUGAACCAGAGCCCUCGGGAACCAAUCAAACUGAAGCUGCUGAUUCAUCAACACAAGAUUCAUCGGCAGUUACAGGAAGUGCAUUGUCACCACCAACCGGAAGCGCAUCGUCACCGGUAGCCGGAAGUACAUCGUCACCAGUAACCGGAAGUACAUCGUCACCAAUAGCCGGAAGUGUAUCGUCACAAGUAGCCGGAAGUGCUUCGUCACCAGUAGCCGGAAGUUGUAAUGGCAGAAAGAUACUGACCCCUAAAAAGUCCAGUGCUCGGAGGAAGUUGUACGAGAAGAGUAGCUCCUCUCCCUCGAAGCCGAGCUCUGGGUCCAGCGAAAAAGAUGUUCAACAAGAACCUUUAAAAGCUCAAUCCGAGGAUCCUGAAGUCUUACCUGAGCUAGAGGACCAGGUGUCGAGCGAUUCCCGAAAGGACACGACCGAUAGGUCACAAGAUACCCCUUGCCAAGCGCCACACCCUGAGUCGUCCGUGCGUACACACCCCUCUACUAGCCUAAAAGAGUCUACCGCUUCCAUGCACCGUGACAAUGCUGAUACAUUGCGUGACAGCCCUAGGAGAUUGCGUGACAUGUCAACUAAAUCGACUGACAAACUAAAAGCUAGCCCCACGAAAUUGCGUAAUAAAUCAACCCGAAUGCGGGGCGGUCCCGUGAGACCACGUGAUAGUCCGAUUAAGUCACGUGACAGUCAGUCUAAAGUAAGCGAAAGCUCCUCGCCUCGGUCCAAAAUAGGAAGUGAUUCCCCUUCCCCUAGGGUUAAACGUGACUUAUUUUCGAGACUUACUUCCGGUAACGUACGUGACAUAUUCCCAACUAUCAAUCACGAAGCAGAAUCACACGUAACGCAGGCAGAGACUGUAACGCAAGCAACUUUAUCGUGCGAAAGCGACACCUCUUGCAGCGUGACUUCUAGUGUCUCUGGUUCUAACAUGGAUGGGUGUGACGUGACACGUAACGAAAGGGCCGAAUGCGUGACGCCUGAGCCGGACUCUAAAGUGCGUGACAUGAUUCAUCAUCAUGGCGAGAUGGAAAGUCACAUCAAUAUGCUUGGUAAACACAGCGAGAAACAGCGUUACACACUUGAACAGCAUCAAAAGCUCCUUUCCUUGGAACGCGCGGAGAGAACACGAAACAUGGAGACCAUCCAAGGCCUGAGCACAACACUAGCAGAUCGCGAACAGCAGAUUGCUCGAAUGCGUGACGAGAUCGCGUUACUUGGUCGCGAGGUCGAGCGACACAGGGAUACCGUAGCAUCACUUCAGCAGGAUUUGAGGCAGGAGCGUGAGACGUCGUCAAGGUUACGAAAGGUGCACAGCGAGUUGACGCAUGCGCGUAGGGCUCUUGAUGAAGAGCGUGUGCUACGGAGCGUGCGCGAUCAACAAGUCCAGGAGAAAGACCAGCGAUUGGGUGAACUGCAGAGGGUGAUCAGCGAGGAGGCGAGGGUACGCGGGAAUCUAGAAUCGGAGUUGAGGAAUGUACGGAGUGCGUGUCUGCAGCAUAUGGAUGAGCUAGAGAAUCAGAGAUUGUUCCGGCAGACGCAAGACCAGCAGAUCCAGGGACGAGAGGACAGAAUAGCAGCGAGUGAGCGCCGGUACCAGGACCAGCUAGCAGCGCGGUUGCGCCUAGAUGAGGACUUCAGGAGGUUACAGCUCGAGAAGGAGAGCGAGACUCGCGCCAAAGACGCCAUACAAGCCGAGCUAAUCCAGGAACGGGAACGCAGGAAUAAUGAUCAAGCCAGUAGAGACGAGGAAAGGCAGAACUACGAUCGGCAGCUGCACGAUCAAGAGUCGAGGAUUCUGAGUAUGGAGGUCGAUUUAAGGGCAAAGGAUGAUAGCUUGGACGAGCUCAGACGGCGUGUAGGGGAAGCCCAAGCCAUGCUCGCUCAAACCCAGGACGAGAGACGGCACGACCUCAGGUCCCUGGAGCCACGCAACUGGAUUAUCCCACGCGAGGAGGUGACCGUGUCGGCCACGCCUUUAGGAACAGGUGCAUGGGGAUCGGUCAAAGUCGGGACCUUCCGUGGCUCCGAGGUAGCCGUGAAGCAGAUUCAUGAGCUCAUCCUCUCGCCACACAACAGAAGAUUAUUUGAGCGCGAGAUGAGCAUUGCCUCACGGUGUCGUCAUCCCUGCCUACUGCAGUUCAUCGGUGCGACCAACGAUGACGGGAUACCUUUGUUUUUGACCGAGAUCUUGGACUCGGACCUUCGCGCGGUGCUUUUCCAGCGUGCCUUGCACCAAGAGGAGAUCAUUAGCAUAGGGCUGGACUGCGCACGCGCACUCAACUACCUUCACCUGAGCAAGCCUUUUCCCAUCAUUCAUCGCGAUAUUAGUAGUUCGAACGUGUUGCUAUGGAAGCGUCAAACGAGCUGGCGGGCGAAGCUGUCGGAUUAUGGUGCUGCAAAUUUCAUGCGCCAGUGCAUGACGGUUAACCCAGGCGCUGGUAUUUAUGCUGCUCCGGAGGCCUCCACGUCACAUCAGUCGCCGAAGGUUGACGUUUACAGCUUUGGUUUACUUCUCUGCGAAAUGUCAAUCCGAGAACUUCCGGUACCACAGCAAACCCGCGAGCAGGUCAGCCUUAUUACAAACGGUGUGCUGCGUGAGCUGGUAAUGAGAUGCCUGAAGACAAGCCCUGAAGCGAGGCCGAGCAUGAGCGAGAUCAUAACACUGCUAGAACAACAACAAAAUGCCCUACGUGAUCGCGGGCUCGUGCAUGUUAAUGGUAGAUCCGCUACCUUAUAAGGCGUUAUGGAACGAUUCCUUAUAAAGAUGUAAUGUGGGUUUAGGAGACGAAGAAGGUUAAAAGUUAAUACCUUUUUGAUGUUUUAAUCAGAGUAAUGAAAGAUUUGGGCUCAGACAGGUGCCACAAAAUUAUUUUAAAGAUAAUAAACGGCUAAGGAAUGCAGACAAACGGUAUAAAUUACAGGUGGUAUUGAUUACAUUCUAAAGGCAAGAGGACAGUAAAGGAUUACAUACAAA